AGUGGCUCCCACAGGAGAUGAGAUGUGGUCUGAGGGACGGUAUGACUACGAGCGACUUCCAAGAGAACGAGUGCCUCCUCGGAGCCAUGCCAGUGAUGGCUACCAUAGAGUAGUUAAUGUUGUGCCAAAGAGACCACCACUGCUAGACAAGAGACCGCCUCUGCUAGACAAGAGACCGCCUCUGCUAGCCAGACCCGAUGAAGGAGGCUACAGUAGAUAUUACAGUCAUGUUGAUUACCGAGACUAUGACGAGGGCCGCAGUUAUUCUCAUGAUCGAAGAAGUGGCCCACCUCACAGAGGAGAUGAUUCUGGCUACAGAUGGACAAGAGAUGAUCAUUCCACAAGCCGACAGCCUGAAUACAGGGACAUGAGAGAUGGCUUUAGAAGAAAAAGUUUCUACUCUUCCCAUUAUUCAAGAGAACGAUCUCCCCAUAAAAGGGACGCUCCUUUUUUCAGAGAAUCACCUGUAGGCCGGAAGGACUCCCCGCACAGCAGAUCUGGCUCCAGUCUCAGCAGUAGAAGCUAUUCUCCAGAUCGAAGCAGGACGCACUCCUUCCAUCAGUCUCAGCACAGAAAGUCUGCACGUGUUGGUUCGUCCUACAAACGACAGAAUGAAGCAAAUCCAGGAAGAGGUAAAGAGAGAUCCAUCCAGUCUUUGAAAACAUCAAGAGAUACUUCACCCUCAAGCUCUUCAGCAAUUUCUUCAUCCAAGAUACUAGACAAACCCAGCCGGCUAACCGAGAAGGAGCUUGCUGAGGCGGCAAGCAAGUGGGCUAGUGAAAAGCCAGAGAAAUCAGAUGAAAGUAACUUGGCUGAGAUUUCCGAGUUUGAGACGGGUUCUGCGGCACCCUUAUUUAUGGACCCGACAGAAGAACCUGAGUCAAACACAACAGACGGCACAGAACUGUAUGAAGACAGCCAGCUUAGCAGUCGCUCGAAAGCAAUUGCAUCAAAAACCAAAGAGAUCGAGCAGGUUUACCGGCAAGACUGUGAGACUUUCGGCAUGGUGGUGAAAAUGCUGAUUGAAAAAGAUCCUUCAUUAGAAAAAUCUAUACAGUUUGCAUUGAGGCAGAAUUUACAUGAAAUAGGUGAGCGAUGUGUUGAAGAACUCAAGCAUUUCAUUACUGAGUAUGAUAAUUCUACUCAAGAUUUUGGAGACCCUUUUUAGAAGAAUUAGUGCCCAGGUCAAAAAAAAUUUUUUAAAGCUUCUAGAUUUUUUUCCCCUUGGAUUGUUUAAAUCCUUACUAUUUUGUGAUGAAGAGAAAUACUUUAUGAUAGCUGACCACGUUUCUAGUGUCAAAUAAACAUCUACAAUAGCUUUUAAAGUA